AUGACAAGAUUUGAGGUAGUUUUUGUCUCAACACCAGCCAUCGGAAACAUCGUUCCCAUCGUCGAAUUCGCCAACCAUCUAACCAAACACAACCCUCAAUUCUCUGCAACCGUUCUCAUUAUCACCGUCCCACAACUUCUCCUCGUUAACACUUACAUCCAAUCUCUUUCUUCCUCCACCACUAAUCUCAAAUUAAUCCACCUCCCUCCCGUACACCCUCCCACAUCUGAUCAGUACCAAUCAUUCAUCCCUUACAUCUCCCUCCUCAUACAAAACCACAAAAACAACAUCAAAAACACACUCCUAAACCUCACAUCAUCGUCAACCGAGUCAAACUCUGACUCGGUUAAACUCACUGCUGUCUUCGUUGACAUGUUCUCGACACCCAUCAUCGAUGUUGCUAACGAGAUCUCCGUCCCUUGCUACCUCUUCUUCGCGUCACCGGCGAGUUUUCUCGGAUUCAUGCUCCACCUUCCAAGUACUGAAUCGCUCGAAUCGGAAACUGAGUUUAAAAUCCCGAGUUUCAAAAACCCGCUUCCGAAACCCGUUUUGCCUAGCUUGGUGGUGGACAAGAAAACCGGCGCUUAUUCGUGGAUGGCAUAUCAUGGAGAAAGAUACAGAGAAACAAAGGGUAUUAUCGUAAAUACAGUUCAAGAGCUUGAACCGCAUGCUCUUCAAUCACUUUACAAUGAUUUAGAUCUACCACCGGUUUAUCCAAUUGGGCCGGUUCUUGACCUUGAUGGACCAGCUCAAUGGGAUCCGAACCCGGUUCAGUAUAAUUACAUCAUGGAGUGGCUCGACAUGCAGGAACCUGGUUCUGUGGUUUUUCUUUGCUUCGGUAGUUUGGGGAGUCUUGAAGUGAAACAGGUUGAGGAGAUCGCUAUUGGGCUUGAACGGACUGGGGUUAGGUUUUUAUGGGCUUUAAGGGGCCCACCCAAGGCCCGGUUGGAGGAUCCAAGAGAUUACGCGAGUUAUGAGAAUGUUCUACCAGAUGGGUUUUUGAAAAGGAUGGAGGGGAUGGGGAUUGUGUGUGGGUGGGUCCCACAAGCAAAGGUGCUGGCCCACAAGACUAUAGGUGGGUUCGUUUCCCACUGUGGUUGGAAUUCGAUAUUGGAGAGUUUGUGGUACGGUGUGGUGGUUGCCACGUGGCCGGUUUAUGCAGAGCAGCAAAUGAAUGCGUUUGAGAUGGUUAGGGAGUUGGGAUUAGCGGUGGAGAUAAGGGUGGAUUAUACGAAGGGUGGGGAUCUUGUGCGAGCAGAAGAAGUUGAAAAUGGUAUUAAGAUAUUGAUGAACGGUUGUGAUGAGAUUACGAAGAAAGUUAAGGAUAUGAGUGAAAAGUGUAGAGUGGCUUUGAUGGAGGAUGGCUCGUCUUAUAAUAAUCUUGUGUCCCUUGUUAAAGAAUUGACAAAAUGA